AUCUUCCGCUUGAUUAUUGUUUUUGAUUUACCUUUCCAAGCGAGACUGUCAGUUGUCGGUUCACCAGGAGGGAGGAGAAGUUAUUACUCCAACCCUUCGCCUUUUCCUUUUCUUUGCCAUGGAGGCUCGGGCGAGCUUCUCCCGCGAAGAAAUCAACAGCACGGUGUGGGAGGUUCCGGAGAAGUACACCCGUCUCAAGCAAAUCGGAACCGGGGCGUACGGCUGCGUGUGCUCAGCAAUAAAUGAGAAGACGAAGGAGAGAGUGGCCAUCAAGAAGCUUCACAGGCCUUUUCAGUCAGAGAUCUUUGCUAAAAGGGCCUACCGGGAAUUGCGCUUGCUCAAACACAUGAAGCAUGAAAACGUGAUAGGACUUCUCGAUGUGUUUUCAUCUGUUUCCAGCCUCGACGACUUCCAGGAUUUCUACCUGGUGAUGCCUUACAUGUUUACGGACCUGUCAAAAGUGCGGGGUCAUCUCUCAGAAGACAAAGUCCAGUUUCUUGUCUACCAAAUGCUCUGUGGACUCAGGUACAUUCACAAGGCUGGAAUCAUUCACAGGGAUCUCAAACCCGGGAACUUGGCGGUAAACCAAGACUGUGAACUGAAGAUCCUGGACUUCGGGCUUGCUCGGAGUACUGAUGCUGAGAUGACCGGCUAUGUGGUGACCCGUUGGUACCGGGCACCUGAGGUCAUUCUGAACUGGAUGCACUACACUCAGACUGUGGACAUCUGGUCUGUGGGAUGUAUCAUGGCUGAAAUGAUCAACGGAAAAACCCUUUUCAAAGGCAAAGACUACAUGGACCAGCUGACACAGAUUAUGAAAGUGACUGGAGUGCCGGGACCAGAGUUCAUACAGAAGCUGGACAGCCAGGAGGCUAAAAAUUAUGUGAAGGCCCUUCCUCACUAUCCCAGAAAAGACUUCUCAACACUGUUCCCCCGAGCCAGUGCAAAGGGCAUCGAACUGCUGGAGAAGAUGCUGGUUCUGGACGGAGAUGAGAGGCCCACAGCUGAACUGGCGCUGGAGCACCCAUACUUUGACAGCCUCAGGGACCCCGAUGACCUUCCUGAACCCGAACCUUAUGACGACAGCCACGAUAAUGCCUCGCUAUCUCUGGAGGAGUGGAAGCGGUUGUGUUUCCGAGAGGUGAAGAGCUUUGUGCCAUUCCCCCGGCGAGACUCCAAGAGGAAAAAUACGCUGACUAUGUCUCCUUGACUUACGAUUGAAUGUCAUGUAAAUACAUACAGUAUAUACAGUAUAUGCUCGUGUUCCGACUACUACACAGCCCCUUGUUUUUAUUUUUUAUUUUACUUGUACCAUAAUUAUGUUUACAUUGUGUCUUGCCACUUUUCACUAAAGUUGAGAUGUAAAAGUUUCUUACAUUUCUGUGCAAAUGAAACAAAAAGUGUGUGCUCAUUUCCAAAUAUUGUAGUAUAGUAUUAGCGUUAAUAUUGCCCCAAGUACAUCAUAUUUUAAGACUAUGUAAAAUUUGUUUUGGUAAAUUUAUAUACAAUUUAUGUAUAAUCUAAUGAUUUAAUUUUAAGCCAAACAUGUGUAUGCCUUCCAAAAAUGUUGCUAUUUUUAUGUGCCAUUUAAUAUUAUAUCAAUAAAUGAGUAAUAGAAAUGGUGGGGGUGGGGGGUAUUAAAUUAUCACAUAAACUAGCAAUUCAUUAACAAUGUAAAAAAUCUGAAUAAGCAAAUACAAUGAUUUAAUAUUUGAAUAUAUUCAUUCAUUGUGGCUUUAAUUUUAGAAGUUUUGUUGGGGGAGAAAAAAAUGUAAAUGUUUUUUUUAAUUGCAGCUGUCAAAUACUGUUUACUAAGAAU